ACAAACCAAAAAAUACUUGCUUAUAUCAGCCGCAGGUCCUUUCAAGCAAGCCACUAGCAAAAUUCCGAUAGAGAGAAAAAGAUAAACGCUAUUGUCCACUUGAAGAACAAGCUUUUCUCCUUGUAAUUCCUUCGAUUCUCUCCCGCCAAUGGAAAUGGAAAACAAUGCAGUGUACUCUUGUAAGUAGUGAUUUUCAGAAAGUUUUAGACAAAGGAAAGGAGUCAUUAGAAUUGAGACUCGAGAAAAACAGUUGUUCCAGGGGAAUAAGUACGGAUUCUAAAGUGUCUUCUUUUGCAUGGAGAAAUUUUUUUGAUUACAGACGUGCCAUCAUUAGUUGUCUUACACUCGAAUCUGAUGGACUCUGGAGAAUUGUUGCACUACCACCACAAUACUUAGAUAGCUUGAAUCUGAGCUGCCUGCCUCAAAUGAAUCAGUUUACAGCUGGGAGAAAAUUGGUGCAGAAAGGCCCUGCUUCCAAUGGUACAUAUUCAUUUAAUUCACUCAGAUGUAGAAGCCUGCUGGAGUCCAAUAAAAAGUUACUGGAUAGUAAAGCAAUUAAGUCACCAAAACAAUCCUCUGGCAAGUUCCCUUGUACAAGUUCAUGCUCCGGCUCUGCUUUGAUGUCAAGUGACUCUAUUGCAAUCUCUGACAUUCCCGUUGAUGGAGCUAAAAUGCAGAGAUAUGGGAAGAAAAAUCCAAGAAAGAAGGCAAAAAAGAAAGAAAUAGAAUGUAAGAAUAUAUCUUCUGAUUUUGUCUCUGCUGAAACAGAAGUAUCACUCCAGGAUUCUGCCCGUGCAAGUUUUUUGUCAGAAGCAUGUGGCAGUAAUGAUUCAGAUUUUAGAGAUAGAUCUGUUUUAUGCUCGAUUGCACAAGAAACUUUUCUGCCAGAUUUUGAACAAGAUUCUGUGAUUCAGCCACUUGGAACUGUGGAUUCAGUAUCAUCUGAAAUUGUUGACGGACAUUCAUCUAAGGUUUCAUCUUUGGCAAUAAAGAAUUUCAGUGGGUAUUAUAAAGUUUGUGGAUCUGAAAACCAGGCCCUAAUCAACGUGCCUGGUUGUAUCCAUGUCGAUGUGGGGCUAAAUUCAAGAGAGAGGUUUAUUGCUGGCAGCUGCAAUGAUUUUUGCUCUAAGGAUUAUUUGGAUAAUAUUUCCCGUGAUUCUAAGUGGGUUAGUUUAAACGGUAACUGUGAUGAUCUGAACUUAAAAUUAAAUGAAAAGCAAGGUUUUGGAGUUGAUCUGUUGGAAGAACGAAGUUCUCCUUCUCAGAACUCAGCAAGAGAUGAGGUAGAUCUGAAUGCUGAAGUGGAGAAAGCUAAUCUUGGUAUUCGGGGAUGUACUGUUAGUGAAACUUGUUCAGUUUUACCUGGAAAGAAAACUAAGCAAAAUAAAAAAUUGACCGGGAGUUCAAGGAUGAAUAGAUAUGGUGGUUUGGGGAGUUCACAAAGACGUACGGGAAAGGAAAACAGACAUACUGUCUGGCAAAAGGUUCAAAGAAGCAGUAGUGGUGGAUGUUCUGAACAGUUAGACCAAGUUAGUCCUAUCAGCAAACAGUUUAAAGGCAUUUGUAAUCCUGUUGUUGGUGUACAAAUGCCAAAGGUCAAGGAUAAAAAAACGGGGAACAAAAAACAGCUGAAAGAAAAAUGUCCCAGGAGGUUGAAAAGAAAAAAUACUUCAGGACAAGAGAAGAUAUAUCGUCCUACAAGGAAUAGUUGUGGUAGUAAUACAAGUUCAAUGGUUCACAAACCACCAAAUGAAAAGUUGGAUGUUCGAUCUAUGGGUUUUGACAUAAGAAGAUCAAGUGGCGAUCCAAGAUCUUGUUUUCAAAAUGAUUCUACUGAUAAAUGCACAAAUUCUGAAUCAGUUGAAAGUAAACAAGUCCAUCUAGAUGAAUUGAUCUCAAACAAACUUAUCAACGAUGGUUUGAGCAGUCAAAAAGUAGAGAAUGACUCUAGCUCAUUGCCAAAGUCAUGCAACUCCUCAAAUCAGUCAAAUCCAGUAGAGGUUAAGUCUCCUGUUUACCUUCCUCAUCUUUUUUUUCAAAAAGUAGGGAACGACUCUAGCUCAUUGCCAAAGUCAUGCAACUCCUUAAAUCAGUCAAAUCCAGUAGAGGUUAAGUCUUCCGUUUACCUUCCUCAUCUUUUCUUUCAAGCAACAAAAGGAAGUUCCCUGGAUGAACGCAGCAAGCAUGACACCCAAUCUAGAUCACCUCUUCAGAACUGGUUGCCAAGUGGAGCAGAAGGUUCCAGAUCGAUCACCUUGGCCAGACCUGAUUUUUCAUCUCUGAGAGAUGCAAAUACGCAGCCUGCUGAGUUUGGCACUUUGGAAAAAUCAAUUAAAGAAAGAGUCAAUUGCAACGUACUAAAUCCUGUUUCUGAUGUAAUUGAGGGGAUCCAGCAUUAUAGAGAUAGGGAUGAUGGUCCUUUAGAACAUGAAUGUGGGGUGCAGAAGAUGUAUGGCUAUGAUACAACCACACUACAGGAUCAUAAGUCUGAGUUCGAUGUGGAUGAACAUUUUAAUUGCAAAUCCUCAUGUGAAGAUGUGUCUAGAAUGGAACAAGCAGUGAAUAAUGCAUGUAGGGCGCAAUUGGCAUCUGAAGCUAUUCAAAUGGAAACUGGUUGUCCAAUUGCAGAGUUCGAAAGAUUCCUUCAUUUAUCCUCCCCUGUUAUCGACCAGAGACCCAAUUCAAGCAGUGACAUUUGCCCAAGAAAUCUGCCUGGUGAUGUGAUACCAUGUAGCAACGAGACUACCAACAUUUCUUUGGGUUGCCUGUGGCAAUGGUAUGAAAAACAUGGCAGCUAUGGCUUAGAAAUAAAAGCCAAGGGUCAGGAAAAUUCAAAUGGAUUUGGUGCUGUUAACUCUGCAUUCCGUGCAUAUUUUGUCCCAUUUCUUUCAGCUGUUCAACUAUUUAAGAGCCGUAAAACUCAUGUGGGAACAGCUACUGGUCCUUUGGGAUUUAAUUCAUGUGUAAGCGAUAUAAAAGUGAAGGAGCCCUCUACUUGUCAUCUUCCAAUAUUUUCACUCCUUUUUCCCAAGCCCUGUACUGAUGAUACAAGCGUUCUGCGGGUUUGUAAUCAGUUUCAUAGUUCAGAGCAACAUUUAGCGUCUGAGAAGAAGAAGUCUUCAGAACAAUCGGCGAGCCUACAAUUAUCUGGAGAAUCAGAACUUAUUUUUGAAUAUUUUGAAGGGGAACAACCUCAACUGAGAAGGCCAUUAUUUGAUAAGAUACAUCAGCUAGUCGAGGGAGAUGGCUUGCAAGGAAAAAUAUAUGGUGAUCCGACCGUACUCAAUUCCAUUACUUUGGAUGAUCUGCAUGCUGGAUCAUGGUACUCAGUGGCAUGGUAUCCCAUUUAUAGGAUACCGGAUGGAAACCUUCGAGCUGCAUUUUUGACUUACCAUUCGCUAGGACAUUUUGUUUCUAGAACUUCCCAAGAUACAAAUUCUUGCUUAGUCUGUCCAGUCGUGGGUCUUCAAAGUUAUAAUGCACAGAAUGAAUGCUGGUUUGAACCUAGAGACAGUACGCGUACGUCCACGUUUACCUCCAACUUAAAUCCUCCUAGAAUCCUCCAGGAGCGCCUGAGGACCCUGGAAGAGACUGCAUCUCUCAUGGCCAGAGCUGUUGUUAAGAAAGGAAAUCUGAAUUCUGGAAACACGCAUCCAGAUUACGAGUUCUUCCUCUCGCGGCGAUUCUAGUUACGUAACCAGAGGUUUCAUGCUUAGAACUUAUCAAGGAAAUUCUUUCCUUUUUGUUAAUACUUUUGAGAAUUUUGUUUAGGUUAGGACCCUAAUCUCCAGUAGGAUCUAAGAGGAGCUGAUCUUAGUCUGUAAUGUAUUUACAUUUGGUUUUUUCUUUUUUUGUUCCUUUUCCAUCUUUCUAUGCCUACUCUUUCAGGCAGUGAAACUUUCAUUUGUAUAUAUUGAUUUGUACACAAAUUACUUCUCGUGUAAUAAUGAAUGUCUCCUGAUUUUUAGAGAUUGUAAGCAUUUGCUUUUU